CUGUCCAAUAUGUAGAAAAAUGUUUUCAAAUCCAAGGAAUAUGAAGUAUCAUAUAUAUUUACACACAGGUGAACGUCCCUUUAGAUGUUUGACAUGUGAGAAAACAUUUAUUAGAAAAUCUCAGGUAAAAAAUCAUUUGUUUACACAUUCUGGGAAGUAUCCUUACAAGUGCACUACUUGUGGAAAAUCCUUCAAAACUAGCAGCGAGAUGAAGAUUCAUACAUUGGUUCACACGACAGAGCGACCUUAUAAGUGCACUACUUGUGGAAAAUCCUUCAAAAGAAAGAAAAAUAUGAAGCAACAUACAUUGGUUCACACAGGAGAGCGACCUUACAAGUGCAUUACUUGUGGAAAAUCCUUCAAAACUAGCAGCGAGAUGAAGAUUCAUACAUUGGUUCACACGACAGAGCGACCUUAUAAGUGCACUACUUGUGGAAAAUCCUUCAAAACCAGCAGAAAUAUGAAGAGACAUACAUUGGUUCACACGGGAGAGCGACCUCAUAAGUGCACUACAUGUGGAAAAUCCUUCCAAACCAGCAGAAAUAUGAAGAGACAUACAUUGGUUCACACGGGAGAGCGACCGCAUAAGUGCAGUAUAUGUGAAAAAUCCUUCCAAACCAGCAGCGAUAUGAAGAGACAUACAUUGGUUCACACAGGAGAGCAGCGACCUCAUAAGUGCACUAUAUGUGAAAAAUCCUUCCAAACCAGCAGCGGUAUGAAGAGACAUACAUUGGUUCACACAGGAGAGCAGCGACCUCAUAAGUGCACUAUAUGUGAAAAAUCCUUCCAAACCAGCAGCGGUAUGAAGAGACAUACAUUGGUUCAGACAGGAGAGCAGCGACCUCAUAAGUGCACUAUAUGUGAAAAAUCCUUCCAAACCAGCAGCAAUAUGAAGAGACAUACAUUAUUUCAUCUGGAAGAUACAUCAGAAAUAGUUGCAAUAUGAUGUUUCAUACAUUAAUUAAUUACUAGGUGAAUCCGGUCGAAAUCGACGGUUACUCAUGACGUUUUACGUAAAUUCAGGAUAGGAAAAAGAUUUGAAGAGAAAAAGAACCUUCAAUUCACGUCACAAGAAAGAUUAUUUACAAAAUCAGUUGUAAUACUUUAAACAGCAGCAAAACAGAUUAAUUUUUUACUACACAAAAAGUACUCAUUGCAAAUACGCAAAGUGUUGAAGAGAAAAAUGAACUUCAAUUCAUGUCACACGAAAGAUAAUUUACAGAAUAACAUGUAAUACUUUAAACAGCAGCUAUUCAGAUUUAGUUUUCUACUACACAAAAAGUAUUACUUAAAAGAAAAAAGAAAUUAAUAAAUAAAGUAAAGAUAGGAAAAAGAUUUGAAGAGAAAAAGGACCUUCAAUUCAUGUCACAAGAAAGAUAAUUUCAAAAUCAGUUGUAAUACUUUAAACAGCAGCAAAACAGAUUAAUU